CGUGUGCUGUCAGCCAGAGCGUGAGCAGCAGCGUGCAAACAGGAAACUUACAAAAAACUGUUUUAAACCUAAUUAAACAGACAAAAUUAAUUGAACCGAUUAACUGCUCUUCAAGAUGAAACUGUUUCAGAUGACUGGAGCAAAAGACAGAAUGAGAGAAAAAAAGAUGAAGAAUCAGCCGAGAAACGUCACGUACUCCAGCUCAGGUCACGGUACCGAGAGAGGUCAGGGGUCACAGGUAUCCGGCUGGGUCAGAGGUCAUCAGGCUGGGGGUCAUAGUUACAGUCAAGAUCUGCCCAAAUGCAUAACAGCCACUUACUUCGCUAAAGCCCGCGCCGCUGAAGUCAACGCCAUGCUGAAGGCCGUCAGGAAGCCUGCGGGCAGCUGCCACGUCUUCAACGCUCUGCCGAAGCACAUGCGCAGACGAGCCAUGAGCCACAACACCAAGAGACUGCCGAGCCGCCUGCGCGAGAGCGCUCAGAGACUGGCGGAGCGAAGUCAGGGCGCACCAGACAAGGAGAAGAAACCGCUGCCCAAAAGCAGGAGUCGGCGAGCGCGCCGUCGUCAUGGAAACCUGCUGCUGGAGUUCAAUCGCAGACAGAGGAAGAACAAAUGGAUGGAGACGCACAUCUGGCACGCCAAACGCUUCCACAUGCUGAAGACCUGGAGCUACUGUCUGCCGCUCAAACCCACGUCCAAGAGCUUCAGAGCCAGUUACAGAGCCAUGAGCGCUCACGCCCUGCUGCAGGAUUUGUCAUAUUUCUGCUGCUUGGAGCUUCGAGGAUCUGAGGAUCAGAUACUGAGAGCGCUGGCUCGACUGACCAACAAACAAACAGGUCCCACGUUUGCAGCGGCGUCGUGUCUCUCAGGUGCGCGUCAGGGCAGUGUCCACCUGUACAGAGCGGAUCAGUUUCCUCAAGGCUCUCUGGGUCCAGCUGACUUCUUGUGGCGGCCCCAGGUCCCUGACGCAUCAGACAGACAGCUGUGGAUCUGGAUCCAUCCGGCCCUUAAACAGGACGUGCUGUCGGAGCUGCAGCUGGUGUGUCAGUGUUUUGAGGCCGUGUCCGUCUCUGAGGAACCUCGUCCCGCCGCGGAGCCGCCUGCAGGGAGGAAGAGGAAGACCGACGAAGGCGACGCUGGGCCUCCCGCCAAAAAGCUGUUGGGUGACGGGACGCGUCCCGCCGGAGCCCCGGUGCGCUGGGAGUCCACAGACACGGCCAUCACCAUCAGUGACCUCACCAUGGAGAUUGUGCGAUAUCGUCUGAUUGGUCCGCUGGCCCACAUGGUGCUCACAGACACACUCCAUCCAGCCAUUGAGAAGGUGUUUGAGCCGUUGAGCAGUGGCGAGGCCGACAGGAGCGUCCACCAGCAGCAAACGGACAUCUUCCGUCUUCUGAGAGGAGUGUGUUCAACAGCAGAGUUCCCAGCAGGCUGUGUGUUGGGACUGACUGUAGAUGACCCCAGACUGACUUUACCUCAGAAACGUGGUAAAACUGUACCUGACCUACAGCAGACCACAGAGGAGGAGCGUGUGAGAGAUCUGACUCUCAGAGGAGUCGCGGCUCACUGCAGUCAGAGUGCGCUGUGGGACGCGUCGCUUCGGGAGCGUGUGACACACGGCCGACUGUCAGAGCAGGAGCUGAACCGCAUGAGGAGUGAGCUGCUGGUUCCAGGUUCCCAUCUGUCAGUGGCUCCAUCUGGUGUUCCAGUGCUGCUGGUUCAUCAGGCGGGGCGUGUGCGCGGAGAAGAGCGUCUGCACUGGGGCUCUGGCUGGGAUCUGCUGCUGCCCAAGGGCUGGGGAAUGGCAUUCUGGGUCCCUCUGGUGUAUUGUGGCGUUCGUGUUGGCGGCCUCCACAUGAGUAUCAAACACUCCCAGUUCAUGGGUCAGCCUCACUUCCCUCACGAUUACCCAGACUGCCCUGCAGGGGUGCGCUUCCAGUCCGAGCAGGAGGCGGAACUUCUAGAAAAGUUCAAAAGACGUCCUCCGUCAAAACGCACCAACUACAUCAAACACGGUUGCCUGGCACCGUUCCGUUGCCCCUGGCAACAGCUGACGGAUGAGUGGGAGGAGCUAAUGAAUCUGAGCACGGAGACGGCGAGCGGCACCAGAGACGGAGCACCGCACUUCACUGUUCUGAGGAGUCUGAAGGUGUUGCGUCAGCUGUCGGCGUGGUGUCGGCGUGUGUCGCGCAGGAACACUAACCCUCCGCUGACCCGUGCGGCGGCCGUGGCGCUGCAGCAGGACUGGAGACGGAGUCUGGUGUGGGUGCGUGUGCGUCUGCUGAGUAAAGGCCAGCCGGCGUUGCACGCCACGGUGUGCGUCCCAACGACCUCUGACCUCCAGCUGCUGCUUAAAGACGGACGGAGCAGCGGCCCGCAGGAGCCCCGACACAAAGACCACCUGAAGAACCUGUGUGAGCACAAGACUGACCCGGAGCGUCCGGCACGGCUCCUGCGGGGUGUGUGGCCGCAGCCUCUGCCCAGUGUUGUGUCCCACUGCAGCCGGUCGACGCUGGGCUGGGUUCAGCAGGGCGACUUUUCUCUGGCCGCCGGCCGCGGCGAGGCGCUGGCCUUCAUCAGCGUGACCGGACUUCUGCACAUGCUCCUUCAGCAGCCGCAGGAACAGCACGGUGUCGUCCUCCUGCGCAACCCCUCGUCUCUGCAGUACCGCUACGCUCAGAUCAGCAUCGACACAUGAAGACUCAGUCUGUCACAUGACUGCUCAACAUGCAUGUUUGUGAUCUGUGUGAUCAGCUCGAUGCAUGUCGAACUUCUAAGACCAUAUGCUGAAACUUUUUUUUUUUAUUGAGAGAAACUCUUUACAUCAUCAGAAGUUUGGAUUUUUUUUUCUGCUGGGAUUUGAGAGAGAUUUGACUUGCUAAGACAUUUAAUUUUGUUUAAAAACUGAGUUAUUAACCAAGAAUCAGUGUUCAGUUAAACUCCCUCUAGUUUCAGGUAAUGUAAAUGAUGCGUCUUCCAGUACAGUAAAAAUAAGUGCAAGUAAAAGCGUUUUACCUUCGUGAGAUCUGAUAGUUUAA